AAAAGUUUAGGAAAGGUUAAUUAGAAAUUUACAAAACAGUAUAUAAGAAAAAUAAUUUUAAUUGGGAUCCAUCCCAUGGCCGUCACUGGUAUCAACGAUCAAGUAUUGACGGCUGCGGAAGAAUAAAGUAGAAAUAUGCUAAGGCAGAGUAUUGAAAGGGUGAUAAAGAGGAAUGCCCCAAAAGAGAAGGCAGAGUGUGUUGUGAUUGGAGCCGGAAUCGUGGGAUUGGCAGUGGCCAGAGAGCUGUCGUUGAAGGGGAAAGAGGUGUUGGUCCUGGACUCUGCCCCCACCUUCGGAACAGCCACCAGUUCCCGCAACAGCCAGGUCAUACAUGCUGGCAUCUACUAUCCUCCCAAUUCUCUCAAGGCUCGUUUUUGUGUGAGAGGAAGAAACUUACUCUAUCAAUACUGCUCUCAGCGUGGGAUACCUCAUAAGCAGAUUGGCAAGCUGAUAGUUGCAACUGGACCUUCGGAGAUUCCAAAGUUAAAUCAGCUGUUCAAUCGUGGGAUACUAAAUGGGGUUGAAGGUCUUCGGAUGUUGGACGCUUCUGAGGCCAUCAAAAUGGAGCCUGAAUUGCACUGUGUCAAAGCCUUGCUGUCCCCUGCCUCUGGCAUUCUGGAUUCCCAUUCUCUAAUGCUGUCUUUAGUGGGGGAGGCUGAAACUAAGGGCACCACCUUCUCUUACAAUACCACUGUCAUUGGAGGUCAUCUUGAAGGAAAUCAAAUGGCCCUCCACGUUUCUGAAACCAAAACUCUUGCAAACUGGGAUGGAAAUACUCCAUUGCAACCGGACCUCAUACUUAUUCCUAAAUUUGUAGUGAAUUCUUCAGGCUUGAGUGCUCCUGCUCUGGCUAAGAGAUUCCGUGGUCUAAACACUGCUACUAUUCCUCCUGCAUAUUAUGCUCGUGGUUCCUACUUUACCCUUUCAAAUUCAAAUUCCACUAGGCAUCCUUCCUUCAAACAUUUGAUAUAUCCUAUACCAGAGGAAGGUGGCCUUGGAGUGCAUGUCACUCUGGAUUUAGAUGGCCAGCUCAAGUUUGGCCCAGAUGUUGAGUGGAUUCAUCAUGUACCUGAUACAACCAGCUUCCUUAAUAGGUUUAAAUAUUCUGUAAGUGCUGAGCGUGUUUUAAGAUUUUAUCCGGAGAUUCGAAAGUACUACCCAAAUCUCAAAGAUGGAUCUCUACUACCCGGUUAUGCAGGGAUUCGACCAAAACUUUCUGGACCUGGACAGCCUGCCUCUGAUUUUGUAAUACAGGGAGAAGGCAUUCAUGGAGUGAGUGGUCUUGUAAAUCUUUUUGGAAUUGAGUCACCCGGACUGACUUCAAGCAUGGCGAUUGCAGAAUAUAUAGCUGUUAUGCUAUUAGGAGGAUGAUGAAGAUUUACUCGAGUCAAAGCAAGCAACUUAAUGGUGCCCACCCAAUGCUAGGGGUAAAAUUUUUAUUUUCUUUUUCCUCCUAAACGUUUGUAUCUUAUCUUAUCAAACUUGAUGUUGAAACAUAACAAAAAUAAACAAAUUAAAAGGAAAAAAAAACAAACUUUAUAUAUAUAUAUAUGUAUAUUCUCCACUUAAAAGGAGUCUGAUUUGAAUCUUAUUUCAAUUGAAAUAAAUAAAGAGGGUUAGGAACCAAAUUUACUACUUCAGUUUG